UAUAUAUAUAUAUAUAUAUCCAAUUCAUUGAUCGAUUGAUUGAUCGAGCGAAGGAUAGGAUGUUCGUGGAGAGGUUUAAGGUGGAGAGCCCCAACGUUGCAUACGGAGAUGGGGAGAUACACUCUGUUUACAACUAUGAGACAACGGAGGUGGUGAUGGAGCGGGACGAGUGGGUGGUCAAACCCAAGACCGUCAGAUAUGAGUUCAAGACCGACACCCGAGUCCCCAAGCUGGGGGUCAUGCUGGUGGGCUGGGGCGGCAACAACGGCUCCACGCUCACCGGCGGCGUCAUCGCCAACCGCGAGGGCAUUUCCUGGGCCACCAAGGAUAAGGUCCAGCGAGCUAACUUCUUUGGUUCUCUCACUCAAGCUUCCACAGUCAGGCUCGGCUCCUUCCAUGGCGAGGAGAUCUUUGCCCCUUUCAACUCUCUUCUUCCCAUGGUGAAGGCAUCGGAGAUAGUGUUUGGAGGGUGGGACAUAAGCAAGAUGAAUCUAGGAGAUGCGAUGGCGAGGGCGAAGGUGUUUGAAAUAGAUCUGCAGAAGCAGCUGCGGCCGUACAUGGAGUCCAUGGUCCCUCUCCCGGGCAUCUUUGACCCUGAUUUCAUUGCGGCCAACCAAGCCUCCCGUGCUGACCAUCUCAUCCCAGGAACCAAGCAACAACAACUCUACCAAAUCAUCAAAGACAUCAAGGAGUUUAAGGAGAAGAAGAAGGUGGAGAAGGUGGUGGUGCUAUGGACUGCGAACACAGAGCGAUACAGCAAUGUGAUAUCUGGGCUGAACGAUACAAUGGAAAACCUGUUGGCUGCCUUGGAAAGAAAUGAAGCAGAAAUUUCGCCGUCUACCCUUUACGCCAUAGCCUGUGUCAUGGAGAAUGUGCCUUUCAUCAAUGGAAGCCCACAAAACACUUUUGUCCCCGGGCUUAUUGAUUUUGCUAUCAGGAGGAACAGUUUGAUUGGUGGAGAUGACUUCAAGAGUGGGCAGACCAAAAUGAAAUCUGUUCUGGUAGAUUUCCUUGUUGGGGCUGGUAUCAAGCCAACAUCAAUAGUGAGCUACAACCAUCUCGGUAACAAUGAUGGGAUGAAUCUGUCUGCUCCACAAACAUUCCGCUCCAAGGAGAUAUCGAAGAGCAAUGUUGUUGAUGACAUGGUUUCUAGUAACGGCAUCCUCUACGAACCUGGUGAACAUCCCGACCAUGUAGUAGUCAUCAAGUACGUGCCCUACGUCGGAGACAGCAAGAGGGCGAUGGAUGAGUACACCUCAGAGAUUUUCAUGGGCGGUAAGAACACCAUUGUUCUUCACAACGUUUGUGAGGAUUCACUUCUUGCCGCUCCCAUCAUCUUGGACUUGGUCCUCCUCGCUGAACUUUGCUCCCGAAUCCAGCUCAAAUCCCAAUAUGAGGCCAAGUUCCACUCCUUCCACCCCGUGGCUACCAUUCUCAGCUACCUUACUAAGGCUCCUUUGGUGCCACCUGGCACACCGGUGGUGAAUGCGCUGUCGAAGCAGCGGGCGAUGCUAGAAAACAUUCUUCGGGCUUGCAUUGGGUUGGCACCAGAGAACAACAUGAUCUUGGAAUACAAGUGAUCUCACACACCAUCAUCUUGCAAUCAUCAAUUUGGAUCCCUCCCUUUGUCUCUUAUGCUACUUUCAUCUUGUGUGCAAUAUAUCCUAAGAGCUAGUUAAUCUUCUGGUGUAAUUUAUAUCUAUCGCCUGGUGUCGUUAUAUUACUCCCCAGGCUUUACACAAAUCUUCUCUGCAUUACUUCGUAUGAAUAAUAUUGGAAACAUUAGUAUUUAGUACGUGUAAAUAAACGGGUACAUUUCUUGUUUUAUUAGUUGCACUAAUUCUUUACACAUGCAGGAUUCUGUAAA